AUGACUCUUGCACCUGCUCGUCACGAAGUUGCUGAUCUCACAUUUCUCAAAUGGAUCCCGCUUUACGAGAAGGAAAAGCCGUUUGUGUACCUGUCGGCGGUGCCCAAAUACUCCCUUGACCCACGGCAGAGCAACUUUGAAUUCCACUCAGUGCCCGUACCGAUCCGGGAUGUGCGCGGUGAAGAGGUCAACUAUACGCUCGACAGUCACGGGUUUACCUUCCGCACCUCCCCCGUGCAGCUCCAGCCAGACGACUUCAACGAUGCAGACGUGGUGGAGCGGGAAUACUUACCACAGGUCAAGGAGUUGUUGAGGCGGGAGGUGGAAGGGGUCGACGACAUUUUCAUCUUUGACUGGAGGAUGCGGCGAGCCGACUACGUAGCACGGGAGCUGGACAUGAACGACAAGACGUCUUUUCUCCCACCGUCUGGAAACGUCCACGUCGACCAAAGUCCCUACCAAGCCACGCGGACGUUGCAACGCGCCCGAGAUGCCCUCGGACAUGAGAAGGUGGACUGGUAUUGCAACGGUGGCCGCAUGCGCAUUAUCAACGUCUGGCGGUCCAUUGCGGGGACUGUGGAAGACAAGCCCGUCACAGUGUGCGAUGGAAGCACCUGUCGCAGCUGUGACCUCGUCACCAACGACGUGAUCCGGAGCCCCGGGCAUGGGGUACGCGAGGCGUGGGCCCUCCUACACGAAGAGAAACAGAAGUUCUACUAUCUGUCCCAUCAAACCAGGGAUGAGGUGCUCAUGAUCAAGAUCUUUGAUAGUGAGAGGGAUGUGCCGGCUACCUGUUCGCCGCAUACAAGUUUCACCCAUCGCGAGAUCCGGCAUGGGAUGACGCCCAGAAGGAGCAUCGAAGUCCGAGCAAUGAUCUUCACCAAGCCAGACGUCGACGCAUGA